UCUUCUUCUCUCCUCUCUCCCUCUCUCUCUCUCACACAUCUUCUUUUUCUUUUUUGGCAAUAUUUCCCUUUGCUUUUCGUCUCGGACUCUGACCACGUUCGAACCGGUGAGUUACAAUGUCACGGCGGGGAGCUGGGAAGCAACCUGACGCUAGCCGCAACCAGCCCUCUCCUGCGUCUUCAUCGUCUCAUCAAGGCAGUGGGAGAGGUAGAGGAGGUGGCCGCGGCGGUGCUAGUGGAAGAGGUAGUGUUGGUGGCAGAGGAGGAAGAGGCCGUGGUGCUCCUUCGGGACUCUCUACCGUUCCUUCGCCGGCUGCUGCUUUUCCUGCUUCAUCUCCAACUGAGGCUGAUUUUCCCGCUGCACCUGCACGGGCGGCUCUAACUCCGUCUUCUUCUUUUGCGUCGUCAAGCUCGGUACCGCCUUCGACUUCGAUGUCGACGACUGCUCUGAGCAGUGAAAUCGAGGGGCGGCUCAAACUGCAGACUCCUGCGCACAAGGAUAGGGCGGCGGCGCCUCCGAUGUCGUCGAAGGCUUUGUGCCCUCCGAAGAGGCCGGGCUACGGUACCAUUGGCAAAAAAGUAUUUGUUAGAGCAAAUCAUUUUCUGGUGGAACUUGCAGACAGAGAUCUGCAUCAUUACGAUGUUUCGAUAAAUCCAGAGGUUCCCUCCAAGAAAGUCAACAGGGAUAUUAUGAUUCAACUAAUUGAAUCAUACGGUGAUUCUCAUUUGGGAAGGCGAAAUCCUGCUUAUGAUGGCAGGAAGAGCCUCUAUACGGCAGGGCCAUUGCCGUUUAAAUCCAAGGAAUUUGCUGUCAAGUUAAUUGAUAAUGAUGGUCGUGGUGCCUCAUCUAAAUCAGCGAGGAAAGAACGUCAGUUUAAAGUGGAAAUUAAGUUGGCUUCUAAAGCGGACCUGCAUAAUCUUCGAGAGUUUUUAUGCGGUAAACAGCUGGAUGCUCCGCAAGAAACAAUACAAGUUCUUGAUGUUGUCCUUAGAGCGGCACCAUCUCAGAACUAUACAUCCGUGGGGAGGUCAUUUUUUGAUCCAGAGUUGGGUCCAGGAGGUAAGCUGGGAGACGGCAUUGAAUAUUGGAGAGGUUACUAUCAGAGUCUUCGGCCAACUCAGAUGGGACUUUCCCUCAAUAUUGAUGUGUCAGCCAGGGCUUUCUAUGAAUCAAUUCUUGUGACAGAGUUCGUUGCAAAACAUUUCAAUUUCAGUUUUUCAAGGCAACUGUCUGAUCAGGAUCGCAAUAAGAUUAAAAAGGCACUGAGAGGUGUCAAGAUAGAGCUUACUCAUAGGGAGCAUUCCAGACGUUACAAAGUUGUCGGGGUAUCCACUCAACCAACUAGCCAGAUAACGUUUACUCUUGAUGACAAGAAAACAAGGAUGUCGGUUGUUCAAUAUUUUCGUGACAAAUAUAAUAUUGUGCUUCAGCACUCGUCUUUGCCUGCCCUUCAGGCUGGGAACGAUGCCAAUCCUGUUUAUUUGCCUAUGGAGCUUUGUAAGAUUGUUGCUGGACAGAGAUACUCGAAGAGAUUAAAUGAAAGACAAGUAACUAACCUUUUAAGGGCAACUUGUCAGCGGCCUAAAGAAAGGGAAAGUAGUAUUGAGAAGAUGGUUACACUAAAUAAUUUCAAUCAGAUUGAACUUGUAAAUGAGGAAUUUGGGAUUGAAGUAAGGGACAAACUUGCAGUGGUUGAUGCUCGGGUUUUACCAUCGCCAAUGCUUAAAUAUCAUGAUACUGGAAGAGAAUCAAGGGAAGUUCCCAAAAUGGGGCAGUGGAAUAUGAUAAACAAGAAAAUGAUCAACGGCGGUAGAGUAGACUUUUGGACGUGUGUGAAUUUGUCUACACGUGUGAACAGGGAUUUGCCAUUUGAAUUCUGUGAUCAAUUGAUUAACAUGUGCAACAGCAAAGGCAUGGUUUUCAACCCAGAUCCUUUGAUUCCCAUACGUUCAGCUCAUUCUGGUCAAAUCGAGAAGGCUCUAUAUGGAAUUCAUAAAGAAUUGGGAGGAAAACAACUUCAGCUGUUGAUAAUUAUUUUGCCUGAUACCAGUGGGUCAUACGGGAAAAUUAAACGAAUCUGUGAAACUGAACUGGGAAUUGUUUCUCAGUGCUGUCAGCCAAGACAAGCAUCAAAGCUUAAUAAGCAGUAUUUUGAAAAUGUGGCUCUCAAGAUUAAUGUGAAGGUUGGGGGACGGAACACUGUGCUACAAGAUGCUAUUCAAAGAAAAAUUCAUCUUUUGACUGAUCGCCCUACAAUUGUAUUUGGUGCGGAUGUGACACAUCCACAACCUGGCGAGGACUCAAGUCCUUCAAUUGCGGCGGUUGUGGCUUCAACGGAUUGGCCGGAGGUAACCAGGUACAGAGGAUUAUUUGCUGCACAAGCUCACAGGGAGGAAAUUAUUCAAGAUCUUUAUAAAUUAGAUCAGGAUUGUCAAAGGGGUCCAGUUCAUGGAGGAAUGAUCCGGGAACUACUUAAAGCCUUCAGGAUUUCCACUGGGGUUAGACCCGAAAGGAUUAUAUUCUACAGGGAUGGUGUCAGUGAAGGCCAAUUCAGUCAAGUUCUGCUUUAUGAGAUGGACGCGAUAAGGAAGGCCUGUCUCUCACUAGAGAAUGGAUACCUACCACCAGUUACCUUUGUUGUGGUGCAGAAAAGACAUCAUACACGCCUUUUCCCUGUAGAUCAUAGUAGACGUGAUCAGAUGGACAGGAGUGGCAAUAUUCUUCCAGGAACUGUUGUUGAUACCAAGAUUUGCCAUCCAACUGAAUUUGACUUUUACCUCAACAGCCAUGCUGGAAUUCAGGGAACUAGUCGUCCAACACACUACCAUGUGUUGUAUGAUGAGAAUGGAUUCAGCGCAGAUGCAUUGCAAAUGCUUACAAACAAUUUAUGUUACACGUAUGCUAGGUGCACACGAUCAGUUUCUAUUGUCCCUCCCGCAUAUUAUGCCCACUUGGCUGCAUUUCGUGCUCGAUAUUACAUUGAAGGUGAUUCAUCAGAAAGUGGUUCAACCAGCGGGAAUGAGAGCAUAAGGGAGUUUCGGGCCCUUCCCCUCGUCAAGGAUAACGUGAAGAAUGUUAUGUUUUAUUGCUGAACUGUAUGAUGCCCUUACGGCCUGCUGUUGGUUCUUUGGUAUGAAAAUGGAGUACCCCAGGUCCCCAACCCAUGCUUCAUCAGUACGGAUGCUUUUGGUGCUGUACAGAGUAAAUAGAUAUACCUGAAUAGGGGUGUCCAUAGUUUUAUAUGUAAAGGAUUAUUGACUUAAAUUCUCUUUUGGGCCAUAACAUUCGUGUUUAUGUAUAACUGCUGGCUUUACCAUGCACUUUUGAACUCCCUUUAAUUCUCUUGUGAGGAUGUGAAGA